AUGGACAGCGUGACCAGCGAGAAGACUCCUCGCUUGCAGAUUCUGCGCAAAGUGCGCUCCUCCCGCAUCUUCACCCUGCUCGUCAUCUGCGCCGCCGUCUUCACCGACAUCUUCCUCUACGGCGUCCUCGUCCCGGUCAUCCCCUUUGCGCUGACGACCCGCGUCAAGAUUUCCCCCUCCGACGUUCCGCGUUGGAACGGCAUCCUUCUCGCGCUCUUUAAUCUCGGUCUAUGCCUCGGCAGCCCGCUAUUCGGCUUCGUCGCCGACCGCUGCGGGGCCGCGUCCCGAAAGCUCCCUUUCCUGUUUGGCCUGGUGACGCUCGCGGGGGCGACGCUGCUGCUGUGUCUCGGCCGGACAGUCGCUCUGCUGUGCAUCGGUCGCGCGCUGCAAGGGGUGAGCGCGGCGAUUUGCUGGGCCGUCGGGCUGGCGCUGCUGGCUGACAUCUUUGGCGGGAGGAUGGGCUGGGCGGCGGGAUGGGUGCAGUGGGCCAUGAACGCGGGCUUUUUGCUGUCGCCCAUCCUCGGCGGGCUCGCGUAUGAGAAAUCUGGCUACUAUGCCGUAUUCUACAUGGGUUUCGGGCUGUUGGCUCUGGAUAUCGUCCUGCGUCUGUCCAUGGCAGAGCGCAGCAAGACGGCGCCACAGGCGAACAAUGCUUCAGAUGAGACGCAGAGAGUGGUAGUUGGACCUGAGGGAGUGUCACUGGGUAAUGAGUCCAUUCAGACACAGAAAAGAAACUCGUACGUAGCGUUGGUGACGUCGCGGCGUGUCCUCGCGGCGCUGUUUGGCUGUAUGAUACAGUCCGCAUCCAAAUAUGCCUUUUUCGCUGUCGUGCCUCCAUUUGUGCAAGCCACAUUUCAUUGGGACUCUCUCGAUGCCGGCAUCAUCUUUCUCUGUGUGCUCCUCCCCGGCUUCCUCUCCCCGCUCGUCGGCAUGCUCUCCGACAGGUAUGGCACGAAAUGGCUCGCCACGCUGGGCUUCCUCCUUUCCGUGCCCGUUUUCGCCAGCCUGCGAUUCGUCACCGAGAACACGCUGCAGCAUAAAGUCCUCUUUGGCGCGCUGCUGGCGCUGAUGGGCGUCGCCCUGGCGCUCUCCAGCACACCGCUCAUGGCGGAGAUUACCUAUGCUAUCCAUGGCAAGGAACGACGGCAGCCGGGAGUAUGGGGUCCGAAAGGGGUAUACGGAGUCGGCUUUGGACUGUUCACGACGGCGUUUGCGUUGGGUGGUGUGGUUGGAAGUUUCAUGGGCGGAUAUCUGUACCAGGGACCGGGGUGGGGGGUCUUCGGCUGGGGCUUUUCAAUUUGGUGUGCCGGUGGAGCUGCUGUAUGUGCGCUUUUUGUUGGAUCUUCGGACCGUAUUCGAAUCAUCUAG